AGCUGAUAAAUUAGUAACAAACUUCAGUAGGCAUAAAAGAAGAAACAUGAAUUCUUCGUUGAAAUUAGUUUCAGUUAUUUUUAUAAUUAUUAAUUUAAUUAGCGAUCAUAUUAAUGCAGAACACGAGGAAGAUCAAUCAACCGAUCUUUAUGUCAUCGAAGGGAAAGUAUUCCCAUGGGAAAACACUGCUUCAAGUGGUUGGCAGCUAAUGACUCAUGUUAUGGCUAACGGUGGUGAACAUUAUGGAUUUUUAAGGGAAGAUGGAACAUUUGUCAUUUCUAACGUGCCAUCAGGUUCAUAUAUAGUAGAAGUUGUCAAUUCUAAUUAUUUCUAUGAGCCUGUCAGAGUAGAAAUUAAUUCUAAAGGAAAAUUCAGGGCACGAAAAGUUAAUUUAAUUCAAACUUCGCAAAUCAUUCAAGUACCAUAUCCAUUAAAAAUGAGACCACUUUCUCCGUUCCGUUAUUUCCAAGUUAGGGAGCAAUGGAGAGUAACAGAUUUCUUAUUUAAUCCAAUGGUCCUGAUGAUGAUCUUACCAUUGAUCCUAGUUAUGAUUAUACCAAAAAUUAUAAAUGAUCCAGAAACUAGAAAGGAUAUGGAACAAUUAAAUAAUCUAACAAUUUAUAACAUGCCUGAAAUGUCAGAAGUAAUAACGUCAUUUUUAUCUGGCGGAGAAAAACAAAAAACAAAGGCAGUGAAAGCAGCUAAAAAAAGACAAUAAUGAAAUAAGAAAAUUAGUAAUAUAUUUAUACCUUUUUAGUCUUCAAAUUUUUAAUGUUUCAUAAAAUUGAUUUUUGAAAGGAAAAGAAAAUAACACACCUACACACACAUUUGUAAUCAAAAUCAGCAAUGAAUAUGAUUACAGAGAAAAUUGUGCAUUGUUGAUAUAUUAAAAAUUCCACCGAAAAUGUAUAUUUAAUUGCAGGGUUAAAUAUUUCUACAUUAUUUUUUUGUGAUAUGUUUUUCAUAAUUAUUUUGUUUAUUUAUAAUAUUCUAUAGAUAAUAAUUAUAUUCUAAUAUUUUCUUAAUUGUAUAUACAUUCUGUCAUGAUAAAAGUAUGAUUCAUAGUGACACGAAUAUCAAAUCUGGAAAGAAAUUGAUAACAAAAAAGUUCAGCUGCCUUUCUUGGAAUUUUACUAACGAUACCGACAAAAACCAUUGACUAGGGAUGACACAUUAAUGUUAUCGGAUGUGAAUAAAAAUAAAUCUUUACUAUACUUAAAUAAAACUUAAUAUAUACAAGAUCGUCUACCAUAAAAUGACGUGACAUAUGAGACGAUUAAUAUUAAGAUAUUCCAGAUGUUACUAUACCACACGUUUAUUAAUAAAUAAUUGAACGAAAAAA